AUGGAGAGGCAUUCGCUCUCUUCCUCAGACGACGAGGACGAUGGGGAGGCCCUCAUUGCGCAAAUGGAAACGAAGGCCCCGCCCUCCCCCCGCGUCGCCGGCUUCGAGAUUCGGGGGAUCCCCGGUCGUGUCGGACGAGGCCUUGGCUCCAGCAAGAAGUGCCUCAUCGCCCUUUGUCUACCGCUCCUCAUCCUCGCCCCCUUCUUCUUUUUCAAUUCCGGGAGUCUGUCCCGUGGCGUAUCCGCCGUCAGCUUUGGUCCUCGCACUGAGAACAAUCAGAUGCUAGAGGGAGAGCUACGUGCCCUCUAUCUCCUCAGGAACCAGCAUCUAGGGCUUCUGCGCCUGUGGAACAGAACUACCGCUGCUUCGACCCGAUCCAGCAGCAUUGUCACCAGUCCUCCUCCUCCUCUGGUCACAAAUUCGAACUCUACCAACUCCAGCCAGCAAAUCCAUCACCGGAGCGAUUCUCUUUUGCCAUCACAGCCGUCCAUCUCUUUCGAGGAGUUCAGGUCGGGAUUGCUCGAGCAAAUCAAGCUGAACCAGCGGGUCCAGAGUGCCCUUCUAUCUACUCAUCGGGCGAACCCUCCAAACAUGUCUUCAGAGGAAACAGGUGAAAAUUUAGACGAUCUUUUAAGUAGCUCCGGUGUUCUUGAUGUCUGUAGGAAAUUGGCCAAGCCUUCGGGGAGGAGGACUGUAGAAUGGAAACCCAAGAAAAAUAGGUUCCUCUUUGCGAUAUGUCUAUCGGGACAGAUGUCGAACCACUUAAUCUGUCUGCAUAAGCACAUGUUCUUUGCAGCCCUCUUAGGUCGUGUACUGGUACUCCCAAGUCUCAAGGUUGAUUACCACUAUGAAAGGGUCAUUGAUGUUGACCACAUCAAUAAGUGCUUAGGCGAAAAAGUGGUUAUCUCCUUUGAGGAAUUUUCGGAAAUAAUGAAGAACCAGAUGCACAUAGACAGAUUCAUAUGUUACGUGGCAUCGCCUCCUUGUUUUGUUGACGAGGAACAUGAGAAGAGGCUCAAGGGCAUGGGUCUCUCCCUAUCAAAGCUUGAAGCUGCAUGGCCAGAGGAUGCAAAGUUGAACCAACCAAAGAAGAGGACUGUGAAUGAUGUUAGGAGCAGGUUUUCGUGCAAUGACAAGGUUCUGGCUAUUGGGGACAUGUUCUAUGCCGAUGUGGAGGAAGAGUGGAUAAUGCAGCCGGGAGGCCCCCUAGCCCACAAGUGUGAGACCUUGAUCCAACCAAGUCGUCUCAUUAUCCUCACAGCACAGCGUUUUGUGCAGACGUUCUUGGGGAGCAACUACAUCGCUCUGCAUUUCAGAAGGCACGGCUUCCUGCAAUUCUGGUAAGUUUCUCAUCAUUUUGGUGUCCUUUCAAUUCGUUUGUGUGGAGAACACGUUAUUGCCUGCAAAAGCAUCUGUCUAUGCAUUUGAACAUGUCCCAAUAGCAGAGCGAUGUCUACAAAAAGUUUUUUGAAGCAUUGACAUUUGAACUCAUCUACAAGGUCAAUUUGGCCUGUAAAGAAAGAUAAAACUUAGUCAAGUUAAUUGAGUUUUUUAUUUCAGAUGUUAUAUUCAGAAAAAUGAAUGUUGAAAGGGAAACGUUCUCUGGUUUUGUCAUUCCUUUUCCUCGUCUUUUAUCAUUCUUUUAUGACGAGAGCAUAACUGGAUUACACCUUUCUCUCGUUUGUGGGGUGGGAGCUCUGGUGACAGAGGAGAAGUCUGUUGGAUUUUUCUGCUGACCUCUGUCUCUACGAGUGGAACCUGCUUGUCAGUGAGGUUUUGUUUUUCAUUGAUUCCCGCAUGAAUAGCUUCCAUUCAAAUCUGUGAUUAUGAUUUCAGCCAUGAUUCUCAAGUGAAUCCCGAAGUCCAUGUCUUCAGAGGAUGCAUUUACGUGGAGUGUGUUCAGAGAAAGGAACCCAACAAACAGUGUUCUCUGACAAUCUGUCCUCUGUAAUAUCUCCUUAAUUUCUACAUCUUGCUAAGUCUCGCUUCCCCAUGUGCUUACCUUACUAAGCCUGUGCCAAUUAGAGAAGAUCCUAACUAUGUGUCCUGGGUGUGCGUGCUAAUCUUGCAUCGCCAUUCCUCAGAUCCACUCCAGUAUCUGCAUGAGCUGUAUUGGCCUCUCCCAGAGAGCAUAGCCGUUUUGUUACUGUUGUGCAUUGACCUGUAGUUGUAUCCUGCAUGCCGAGGAUCCAGCCAUAUGAUCCAGCACUGACCUGUAUUGGCCUUGGACUAUUUUGGCCUACGAUACUUAUCAUUUUCUGUUGUGCGUGACAGUGUUGUAGAAUCUUCUUGCACUGGAGAAUGAAAUUGAAUGGUCUGGUUGUAGCAGCUACAAUAAUGGUGUUUUGGCUGCCAACUCUACUAGUUUGCAGUGCAAUGCGAUUACAAUGGUAAUGAUGAUGUAUAGUUGGAGUUUCGAAAUUGGGAGAACGGAUGAGAAUGGAUUGAGGAUGAUGCUCACGACUGUGCCAAUUACAAUGGCCUUGACAAAACCUAAGGGGAGGUGGUGACGAUGGAGCGUGGAGUAAUAUCAUCAGUGAUCAUAAGUUACUACUUUUAUUCAUCAGAAAGGGAACAUCUUUCGUUCAAAUGAAAGUUGUUCGAGAUGGUUUGAAGCAAAACAGAUGAUCGUUGCACUCAUGUAGUGCUCCAAUUUUUAAUUAUCACAGUACAGUCUCAUUCUUCUCUAUUAGGAAACUCUUCUUUAGGUGCAAUAUGUGAUAGCAAAAGGAAAAUUUCUGUCUGAAUUAGUUGCUUUCAUUCUGCAGUUAUGUUAUCUACUUCAUAAACUUAUUCAACUGUGAAACAGUAUUGUCGCCUUGAGAACAUAUUACUCUCUGAAUUACUUACUAGGGAUCAUUCCUUAUGCAAUUGUGAAUCUUUACGAUGCCGGAAUGAUUUCAUCUUUGAAAACUUGUCAGAUUGUAUCUUUUUUGAGACUAGAGUCCUUAAUUCCGUGAGGCUGACAUAACAUAAUUUUUCGACCUUUCUUUCUCGAAUGAAUUCGCCGUCAGGGGAAUGUUCCUUUGCCAAAAAUAUCGAAGUAUAAUCUUGAUUUGAUCUGACCGUAUUAUUGCAUCAAAAGAUUGUUCCAAGUCUUUGAAAUUAGCCAAGAGUUCCCCAUCAAAUGGAUACAAAAAUCAAAUAAACAUUUCCUUAUGGAUUACUAUCUUCUCUUCUCGUGUUUUUGUCCUUUUCUCGAAUUGAUCUGUUCACCAGCGACUUACGCCCAUGGUUUGCGAUACAAAAAUACCAUGUCUCGAUGUCCGAUGACAUUUGUGUUUUAUGCAACCCUGUAACCUGAUAACCUGACAUUUGUGUUUUCAUCCUUCAACCGUGUAACCUGAUAACCUAUAAACCUCCUCACGAGACUGAGUUUUUGAGAUGUCUGUUUUUGAAGUUUCAAAUUUGGUUUGGAACUCUGCAUCCUGAAUUUAGCCAAUAUAGCGGUGUCUCUACCAAUUGAAUAUUAUUUUAUAUUUAUUUAUGGAUGAAUUUCGAUGAAGACUUACUACGACUUUGGAUGGUGCCCUAUAUUUCUGUAGCUUGGGUAUUGAAGCUGCUAUUCUAUUCCUCUCAGACAUUCCCCUCUUUCUUUUUCUAGUUCACUUAUUGCAAAGGAAAAAAUGAAGAAAAAGGAGGAAGAAGAGUCACAUCUCUGGCUUUCAUCGAUUUUUCCCUAAUGCAUUGUGACAGGUUGUUUUUUUUUCCUUAAAAGUGAAUUUUCUGCUUGAUGGUGUUGUUUUCGCCACUUGAACUUUGGGUUGAGUUGAAUCGAUCCAGGGCGUUUGAAAAUGUUCAGGAAACUGUGAUUUGUGUGUAGCUUCUCCAUCUAAUGCUUGCAUAAUGAAGGUUCAAGAGGAUUCUUCUUGAAUUAAUUUCCUUGAGCAGCUUGUAUUUACCGCUUCGGCUGCAUUACACUAGUUGCAUUUUGAGAAUUGAGCUGCGGAACUUUGUUUGGAUUACGCGACUUAGAUGUGUGCUCAAGACCUACUGAUAUGUGUGCUCAAGAAAUCGAUCUAAUGAUGCGAGUUCUUUCUUGGACAGUAACAUAAAAAGCGAGAGCUGCUUCUUCCCUAUCCCGCAAGCCGCUGAAUGCAUUCUUCGCGUAGUGGAGAAAGCCAAUUCUCCCGUUAUUUAUCUCUCCACUGACGCAGCAGACAGCGAGACCAAUCUUCUCCAGUCUCUAGUUAUGUCAAAUGGCAAGGUAAUCCCUCUAGUUAAGAGACCAGGCCACAACUCAGUUGAGAAAUGGGACGCCUUGCUGUACCGGCACCACAUCGGGGGAGACAACCAGGUAGGCCUCCUGGGCUUCGGCCAGAUUCCUUCUCUGCCGUCCAAUUUGACAGCCCAUGAGAUAUCCCCUCUCAUGCAUGAAUGUAAAUUCUUUGCUUUCCUUCUCGUCCGAAGGUCGAAGCCAUGCUGGACAAGACAAUCUGCGCCAUGUCAAACGUGUUCAUUGGAUCAUACGGCUCCACAUUCACCGACGACAUAUUCCGGCUCCGAAAAGACUGGGGAUCUUCGUCCGCUUGUGAUGAGAACCUAUGUCACGGGGAGAGACCAAACUUCAUAGCCGACAAGGAAUAA